AUGGCUGUUGCUCAGGAUCUCUGCGCUGAACUGACUUGUCCCAUUUGCCUGGACUAUUUUGAGGACCCCGUCAUCUUGGCCGAAUGUGGGCACAAUUUCUGCCGGUUCUGCCUGACCCAAUACUGUGGAAAAAGAGAGAGAAAAGCUGCCUGUCCCCAGUGCAGAAAAUGUUUUCAAAUGGAGAGCCUUAUUCCAAACCGACAGCUAAGGAACUUGGUGGAGAUUGCUAAGAAAUCGCAAGAGAGAGGGAAGGGAGAAGGGGAUCACCUCUGCAAGAAGCACCAGGAGCCCCUGAAGCUGUUCUGCAAAGAGGAUGAAAUCCUCAUCUGUGUGGUGUGUGACAGAGGCAAGGCGCACAAGGCCCACGAGGUCGUUCCUCUGGAAGAGGCUCCCCACGACUACAAGGAAAAGAUUACAAGUUAUCUCAUGAGUCUGAAGAAAUUGCAAGAGGAAAUGGGUGCAUUUAAGACACAGACAGAAACAGAAAGCGAAGACCUGCUUAAGCAAACAAAGGCAGGUAGAGAAAAGACUGUGGCUGCAUUCAAACAGCUGCACCAGUUUUUGGAAGAACAAGAGAAGCUCCUGCUUUCUCAGAUGGAAGAGGUGGAGGAGGAGAUUGAAAGCAAAAGGGAGGAGCAUAUGGCCAACCUGUCAGAGGAGCUCUCUAGUCUUGAAAAUAUCAUCAGGGAGAUGGAGUUGAAGUGUCUUCAGCCAGCAAGUGAAUUUCUGCAGGAUAUUAAAAGCACACUGCAGAGAUGUGAAGCAAGAAAGGAGUUCAAGAAACCUGAUGUUUGUCCUCUUGAGCUGAAGUGGAAGAUCUGGGACUAUGGAGAUAUACUUCUGUUUCUGGAAGGUGCCAUGAAGCAAGUCAGAGAUGAGCUAAUACCUGGAUUUAAACUACAGAAAGCAAAUGUAACUCUGGAUCCAGACACAGCUCAUCGCUACCUUAUCCUGUCUGAGGAUCAUAAAAGUGUAACAUAUGGAAACACAUUUCAAAACCUGCCAGACAACUUGAGGAGGUUCAACAAAGCGACUUCUGUCCUGGGAUGUGAUGGAUUUACAUCAGGCAAACAUUUCUGGGAAAUCUGUGUGGGAGAGGAGGACCAGUGGCUGGCAGGGGUUGCCAGAAAGUCUAUGGAGAGAAAGGGUGACAUUGUCUAUGGGCCUGAAGGGGGAAUCUGGGCUAUAGGGAAGUGGAGUGGUGCAUAUAGAGUUACAAGCAGUACUCAGUCCGUGUCUGUAAACAGCGAGCUCAAAAGAAUCCGAGUGUCUCUGAACUAUGCUGGAGGUCAAGUGGCCUUUUAUGAUGCUGAUACAGGAGCCCAUCUCUAUUCAUUCUCUGGGGCUUCAUUCACAGGAGAGACACUUCUUCCUUUUUUUAAUGUGAAUCACAAAGGGCAUCUGGUAAUUUCUCCUUAAGGCAGCAAAAGAAGUUGACUUC